AUGGCAGACCCAGGCGCCGACGACCACAGUCUGCUCCAGCGCCUGAACGCCCUCAAAGCCACCAGUGUAACGCUAGACAGGUCUUCAAAUGCGCUCGAUGUCUCGACUACGUGCAUAGCAGAGCCGCCCGCCCCGCCGUCGCGGGAGGACGCCCUCUCGGCCCGGCUCAAAGACCUCCGGAACCGGCAGCCCCGGGGUGGGAGCCCUGCCGCCACGCCGAGUCCGCCGUCCCUGGGCCGGGAGCGCAGCGCGGACCCGCCUCCUCCCUAUGCGGAAGGAGAUGCUGCCGCACUGCCUCCCCGAGGACAGUCCACCCUCGCAAAAGCGGCUGCUUCGGUGCCACCUAGCCCGCAGGCAGGAGGCGGGGACGAGCUCGACGAGCUGCUGGGGGCCGGCGGUCCGCAGUCACUGGACGACCUCCUCGAAGGCUUGGACGUCGACGACGACGACCAAUGGCUGCCGAGUCAUAGCGACGAUGGCGACCCCGGCGACGAGUCGGCGAGGGUGGAAGAGCUCCUUGCGAAGCUGCAGGACGACCCCCCUUUCCAGAUCAUCAAGGCCGAGAGCCGGGAGUGGCAGAAGGGCGAUGCGGACGAGGGCGCGGCUGAUGACUCCGAGGGCGAGGCUAUGAAGCGGGAGAUUGACGACGUCAUUGCCAAAGCCCUGGACGAGGUGUAUUUGGAUGAGACUAUGCCUCCCGAGGAGAAGUCUGAUGAGCAGUCAGAUCCCGGGGCAGAUAAGCAACUUAAGCGUGACGUUGAUAUCGCGUUGCCCUCGGCCCCUACGAAACUACGAGACGAGAGCGAAGAAGACAUCUCAUCAGAAGAGGAGACCAGCACGGACGAGGACAGCUCAAGUGAUGACAGUUCCGAUGAUGGUGGUGAGAGGGCGGCGAAACGGAAGCAAAAGGGCAAGAAGAAGAAGAGGGCCAAACUCAAGCUCCCAGAUGCGCCGACAAGAAUAUGGGACCCUGCGGCCUCCGCAGAGAAGAAUUUUGACACUGACAUAGCGAGACGGAUGGCGUUCCUCAAGCGGCUGGAAGGCCGCCUGGACGGAACGCUAGAGAUGCCUUCCGCUCCAACCUUCAAACCAGAAGACAAGCCCGGGAAAGGUGUUCCUUGA